UUAUAGGUGGGUGUGUUUUGUUUUUCUUCCCCGGUGUGUGCCCUGGACAGUUUUCAAGCUAGGGUAACAUAGGAGUGGGGUUUUCCACCUUACGAAAUUCUCUGUACUUUUGCUGUCCACUUCUAGUGUAAGAUAAAUUCAGAAGACCGAUAAAGACAUGUCUUAAAUAUAGUAAUAUGGACAGGUAGUCCGGAUUCUAAAUAUGCUUGUGUCAUACAAUAUGGGAAAUAGGUCACCGAAAAGUACUCGCAUAAUUUGCCCAGAUGUAAAGACUCAAAGAGCUGUAUAUCUAGCACAUAAUUAUAUAUGAUAUAAUAUGUACACAUAACAUAAUAACACGUUUUAACACAUGGUACCGCAUAAUAUCCAGCACAUAACGUUACACAUAUCUGCCAGUAACACAUAAUAUGCAGCUCAUUGCAAACCCUGUCUUUUCAGGUGUUUAAUUUUUGAAGCCCCCCCCCCAAAAAAAAGUCUUCAGAACAGUGACAUUCCACCAUGAGUCUUCACACCGCAGUUCUGAAGUGUGAACAACUCAUUCACAGAGUCGCCCAAGUCUUCGCUACCUCUACUUCAAGAUCGAGAAGGUUGGGCAAUACUUACCAUGACCUUAGACAUUCCAAGACAUUCCUCCCAUCACCUCAAGCCACUGCACCUCGCUGUAUCCACACAACAGCAGCGUACGGGACUAGAGAGGUUUCUAGAACCGGGUUUGACGACUACGAAGCAGGGAGGAGAAAUUUCCGCCUGGAAGUGCCGGAAUAUUUCAACUUCGCCAACGUGGUGGAUGACUGGGCACAGAAAGAGAAGACAAAGGAGAGAGCGGACCAGCCUGCCUUGUGGUGGAUAGACGACCACGGAAACCAGCUACAGUGGAACUUCCAACAACUGGCUGAAUAUUCUAAAAAAGUGGCGAACAUUCUCCAGGCCUCCUGUGGCCUGAGACAUGGUGAUCGGGCAGUGGUCAUCCUUCCCAGGGUGCCAGAGUGGUGGCUGGUGAACAUCGCAUGUCUCAGAGCAGGUGUUGUCCUGAGUCCAGGGACCACCCAGUUAAUGUCUAAGGACAUCCUCCACCGAUUACGCAUGUCAGGAGCCAGCUGUGUCAUUACUGACGAUGUCACCGCAGAUAGAGUGGACCAGGUGUCUGCCCAGUGCCCUGACCUGAAGGUGAAGCUGUUGGUUUCAGAGACAGGACAGACCAGGGAGGGCUGGCUGGACUACAGACAGCUCUUCAGGGAGGCUUCUCUGCAGCAUGAGGUUGCUAAAACCCGAAGUUUGGAGCCUAUGCAGUUAUUCUUCACCAGUGGAACCACAGGAGCACCCAAGAUGGCGGAGCACACGCACGCCAGCUACGGACUGGGACAUGUCAUUACUGGCAGGUACUGGCUGGACCUGACACCUAAUGACGUGAUCUGGAACAUGUCUGAUACCGGCUGGGCUAAGUCAGCGUACAGUAACCUGUUCGGCCCGUGGGUACAGGGAGCCUGCGUGUUCAUACACCACACUGCCAAGUUUGAUCCUGUCGAAACACUAAAGAUCCUGUCCACAGUUCCCAUCAGCACCAUGUGCACCCCUCCCACUGCCUACCGUAUGAUGAUACAGAAUGACCUGUCUGGGUACGACUUGUCCAGGCUGGAACAUGUGGUCAGUGCAGGGGAACCACUGAACCCAGAAGUGAUGGCUGAGUGGAAGGCUGGUACAGGGCUCACAAUCAGGGAGGGCUACGGGCAGUCAGAAACGUGUCUAGCCUGUGGGAUGUUCCGAUGUCUGGACGUGCGGCCGGGGUCCAUGGGGAAACCUGCUCCUGGGUACGAUCUUAGGGUGAUAGACGACAAGUGUCAGGAGGUGCAGCCUGGGAAGGAGGGUGACCUUGCCAUCAAGGUCAAACCACAGCCUCCAGUGGGGCUGUUUACUCGUUACUUGGAUGACCCUGUGCGUACUGCGGGCGUGUUCCGCGGGGAUUACUACGUGAUGGGCGACCGCGGGCUGCGAGACGAGGACGGUUAUCUCUGGUUCGUGGGGAGGGCCGACGAUGUCAUUCUGUCCGCUGGGUACAGAAUCGGCCCGUUUGAGGUGGAGAGUGCGCUGAUAGAACAUCCCGCCGUGGCAGAGUCAGCUGUGGUCAGCAGUCCAGACCACAUCAGGGGGGAGGUUGUGAAGGCGUUCAUUAUCCUAUCGCCGAGUUACCGAGACGUCAGACAGACGGAGGAGCUGAUUAAAGACAUACAAGAACACGUCAAGAAAACAACCGCUCCUUACAAGUACCCCAGACAGAUUGAGUUUGUUGAGGAGCUGCCGAAGACAGUCAGCGGUAAGAUCCGAAGAGUGGAGCUGAGGACCAAGGAGUGGGAGAAGAAGUCUUGAACGGAGUCUUGAGACUUCCGAAAAGUCUACUGAUGUAAUCUGCAAAAUUGAUUUGGGGGCAUAA